AUGUGGGAGGAAAUCAGCGGAGUGGUUCAGGGUCAGGAUGGCUGGGGGUAUUCAGGUCGUGUGAAGAACACCUGUGAGGAGCAUAAAUGCAGUCUGAGGAUCACAGACCUGAGAGAGAGCGACGCAGAUCAGUACCAGUUCAGAAUAAUAACAAAAUCUAACAAAUAUUUUGGUCAAACUGGAGUCAAACUGUACAUCAGAGAUCCGGAGGUGGUGGUGAGAAGGGAAAAUUCAGGUUUGCAGCUGGAGUGUCUCAGCAGAUGUCCUGUUCCCACUUCCUACAUCUGGUUCAAGAAUGGACGGAGAGUUGAACAUGAAAACUCACAAUAUUAUUCACCAGGCCUCCUUCAUACAGACAGAUAUUCCUGUGCUCUACGAGGAAACGAGGAGUUCUCCUCUCCUUCAGUGUAUGCUCCAGAGUUUCCCUCUGUGUCUGUGAAUACCUCUACGGAGAUAGAGGAGGGCAGUUCAGUGACUCUUACCUGUAGCAGUGAUGCUAACCCAGCAGCUAACUACACCUGGUACAAGAAGAAUGGAACUCUGCACCUUCAUCUCUCCAGUUCAGAAGCACAGAUUGUCUUCAGCUCCACCAAGUCCUCUGACUCUGGAGAGUAUUACUGUGACGCUGAGAACGAGCUGGGGAGAUCAACAUCCAAACACAUCUCUAUUAAGGUUCAGGGUUUAAGGUUCAAGGUUCCAGAGAAGCAUCCACCAUAUCUCUUUGAUAAAUCUGCAUCAACGAUGAACAUCAUCAGGUUGACUCUGUCUGUGGUGAUGUUGAUUCCUCUGCUUCUCUUGACUCUGUGGAGCAGGAAGAAGAAAACUCUGAGCUUCACUAGUGAGCCAAGUGAGCGUGUAGAGAUGAUAGAGCUGGACUCUGGUCUUGAGUUCAAGAACGUCUCAGCCGUCAUUGCAGCACGGACCGAAGAUGCAGAGGAGCAGGAAAGCAUGGUGUGAAGUCCAGAGAGAUGCAGCUGAACCAGAGGAAGAACUCACUGUGGAGGAUGUGGAAACAUUAACCUGAAUACAUCUAGUGUUGUGCAAGUACCCACUAAAAAUGAGCUCUAGCCCUCAAUCAUUGACGUUUCCUAA